UUUUCAUAUUCAACAACAAAAACAAUACAAACUUUCUUCCCUUAGCAAAAAGAAAAAAAACAACACAAAAAAUGGCCCUCGAAGCUCUCAACUCUCCCACCACUCCGGCGCCGCCGUCGUUCACCGCCGCCUCCCUCGAGCCGUGGUCCAAGGGCAAGCGGUCGAAGCGCUCCCGCAGCUCCGACCGCCACGAUCACCCCACGGAGGAGGAAUACCUCGCUCUCUGCCUCAUCAUGCUUGCCCGCUCAUCCACGGCGGCGCCACUCCCUCCGCCGGCGGCGCUGGUCUACAAGUGCUCGGUCUGUAGCAAGGCGUUUGGGUCCUACCAAGCCUUGGGCGGCCACAAAGCCAGCCACCGCAACAAGCUCAGCUCCGGCGCCGGCGCAGACGAGCACUCCACCACCUCCGCCUCCGCCGUCACGUCGACCUCCGGCAGCGGCGGCGGGAGAGUCCACGAGUGCUCCAUCUGCCACAAGUGCUUCCCCAGCGGCCAGGCCUUGGGCGGCCACAAGCGCUGCCACUACGAGGGCGGAAGCAGCGUGGUCAGCUCGUCGGAGGGAGUGGGGUCCACCGUCACCCACCGCGAUUUCGACCUGAAUUUGCCGCCGUUCCCGGAAUUCUGGCAGAGAUUCGGAGGCGAGGACGAAGUCGAAAGCCCGCACCCGGCGAAGAAGGCGCGGCUGUCGCCGGCGAAGUUGGAAUUGGUCUGAAGAAUCUUUAUAGAAUAGUGAAAUUAUUAGGAAAGGUUGAUUUUUUUUUAUUUUUUAUUUUUUAUUUUUUUUUUAUAAUUUUGUUUGGUGGUGGAAAUUGUUUGUAAAUGGAAGUGGGGAAUCAUUGCUGAUUAUUUAUUGAUUCUUUGAUUUAUUGCAAUACAAUAAAUUGUUUUGAUUAAA